GUUGGAGUUAUAUAAAUAGUGGGGAGGGACAGGAAGUAUUUACUAACUAUUUCGAAAGUGCAUGAUAUAGAAGUUGAAAAAUAAAUAUCAGAGUCUCAAAAAAGAAAAGGAGAAUGAAAAAUUGUGCAGUUUUGGUCAGUCUAGCUGUUUUAAUAUCAGCUUUACAUUGUGCUAGUGAAAAUAUAAAUGCUACAACUGAUUAUGUGACAACAGAUGAGCCAACUUCAACAGUAACUCCUACAUCCACACCCACCCCUGAAGAGUUCUGUGCUCAACACAAUUCUUCUUGUAAUGAUUGUGUCAAGUCAAGUGCCAAGUGCUACUACUGCUACAAAAAUGAACGAUGUUCCUACUAUCCAUACAGCCACCUGGCGCCUCGGUAUGAUGAAUGUGGUACUCUUGGUGACAUGGCAUGGGGCACUUGUCUUAUUAACUUUGAAGUCCUUAUCAUAAGUCUUGGUGUUAUUGGAGGUGUGAUUUUCUUGGCCAUUAUUAUUUGCUGCUGUUGCUGUUGUAAAAAACGGAGGAAGAAAAGAAUGGAAAAGGAUGAAGUUAAAUGGAGUCGUCAACGUGAAGAAAGAAAAAUGCGGGCUGAGGAAAGGAAGAAGGAACGACAGAGUAAGACUGAUGAAAUCCGUCGUAAAUAUGGGCUACUAGUGGAUUCAGCAGGUUUGCUGAAAGAUGACAACCCUUACAAGCGUUUUGAUGCUUAAACAACUUGUUGGAGUAUCAGUUCUGCAAAUGUGUUAAUCUUUUUUUUUUCUUACCAACAUUAGCUAUUUUAUUAAAAGAUAAAAAAAAUAAAAUAAACAUGGAAUAUAUAUAUAUCAGACUUAAUCAAGUGAUGUGUAAAAAGCAACUUCUUCAUUGUCAGUUAUAUUGUGAAAGUUAUUGUAUUUUAUUUUAAACCUACUGGGAAUGUAAUACUGUUAGGAAGGAUGCGAUUGAUUUCACUGAUGUAUUAGGCUUACCCACACAGGUUUUGUAUUUAUAAAGUGAGUUCUCUUAACUUAAUUGUUUAAAACUUAAGAUUAUUAUACUAGCUUACAUUAAGUAACAAAAUGUUUACCAUGAUUAGCUGAAGGCCACUGUUUCAAGAAAUGACAGCUGUAAUGAUCUUAGCUUGCUUUAUGGUAAAGAAUACACUACGUGAGUUUCAUGUGAACAUUUUAAAUCUAGUUGGAUACCCUUAUUAUUUUCAAUGAAAGAACAUAAAGAUAAUUGUCUAAACAAAAUCACCACCAUAUCACAUUUGUUUAUUUUAAGUAGCUUCAAUAAUUACUUUGCACACUUAAAUAAGAAAUAGCUAUAGUGCUUAGUAAUGUUUAUUGUAACAUUACAAUGUAAUUUUGGCUAGGUGACAAAGAAAAUUUGAAAUUGUGUGGAGUGAAUAAUUAUCAAUUGCAUAAAAGUAUAGUUUGUCAUUUUUAAUAAAGGGUAUCGUGCUAGUUUUA